AUUCAUGCCAGGGACAGCGCAAUUUCGAUGUUCGCGAUUUCCAGGUUUCACUGUAUGUUUGAAAGUUGGCAGCAGAGGUUGGAAAUAGGAAAUGUAGGCCCUAUUAAGAGCUAUAUUUCUGUCACAUUAGACGCUGAUGGGAACAUAUGCUACACACGACUACUGCUUUAGGGUCUAUUUAUAAAUUUGUCUCAUUGAUAUUCCGCGAGAGCGAGAUUUACAAUGUUUUUCCUCUAAAGAAAUAUGGCGGCUGCCAAAGACUAGGAGCAGCUAACUGUUGUACCUGAAUGUAUAUUUGCAAUAGUCUCGUUUGUGUUUUUCAUACGAAUGAUUACAAUGGUUUUUACAAACCAGAAUGCUUGUGACAUUUUGGGAUUACCCGUGGGUAAGAUGAUCAUAAUACUGCAUUUAAUGUUGUUUUGUUUAAUGAAAUUUCCGUUACGUUGGCAAUAAAAAAAUAAUAAUUUCAUAAUAUUUUUAUUUUUAAGUCAGACAAUUACUGUCAGUGACACUGUCACAACAGUGUCCAAUACUUUACUUAACUACUAUACUUACUUAUUUUUACUAGUAAUUUCUGUAAUUUCCAAUAACUAAGAAGAGGGAUACAUUUUAUCUUGGGCAGGCCUUUAAUAUGAUAAUUGAAAUUGAAAAUAUGGGCAUGGGGGAAUAAAAAUAAAAUUAAUUAGAAAAUUGUUGUUAAUACUAAUACUUAAACUUAAAAAGUUAAAAUAUAGUAAAUUAUAGCAUAUAAGGUAAUCUACCACUUGAGCGUCGGCCAAGAAAAAAUCCAGCUGUUCCGUUUGGAAGGGCUAUUUAAACAACUAUUCUUAUAUUAUUUUUAAUGACAUUGGUUGUACGUAUUCAUUCAUUCUCAUAAUAAUAGUAUAGACAAUUUAUUUAAAAUGAAAAAAAUGAUAACAAUUUUUUUGAAAUAGAAGAUAAUGUGUGAAAAUGGAAUUAUGCAUAGUUCUCCCCCAAGUUGACAACGAAGUUUAAAAAAUAUAAUUUUCACGAAAACGGUUGUGAUAUAUGUAUCCACGUAAAUAUGAAGGGGAAAGAUCACCGGCGCUUCUUGUUCCAAAUUGUCUUUUCAGUUUACGCUUUCUGAGCAUUCACGUUUUCCACAUUCUGUGUGUGGACAUCUGCGUUAUCUGGAUGAAUUUAGAAGGCUGGUGUUUUUCCGAUUAAAAAAAAAUAUUUGCAAGUACAUUUUUUGUUGUUAGUUUUAGCUCCUUUCUUAUCCAGCAAUGAAUGGACAGAGAAAUAAAAUUGAUUGGUGACCAUCUAUAAUUACAUUUGCCCUGAUAGGAGAAGGGGGUAUUGUUGAUUUAAGACAGGGGUGUCACACUCAAUCGCUCGAUGGGCCAAAACUCAAAUCACAUGUAAGGUUGCGGGCCGAACAGGAUAGACAUUCAAUAAGCGGGAAAUUAAUCUUUUUUUAAAAACAUUUAUAUAAAUGAAAAAAUAAAAAAAGUUUUAAUGAUUAAAAAUCAUUGGCAUACCCAUUUUCGUUUUUAUGCCAAUUUGUCAGAGCUUGAUGUUAGGCACAUUUUCUUGACUACAAAAAAAAGUAAGUUCAUUUAUGUUGGGAGUAACGAUCUGUGUCAUUGAGAUUCUCAUGAUGGACUGUAAGUGUUCAUCAGUGAGAGGACUCCUGUGUAAUGUUGAGUUAAACUUAGUCACAGAAAACAGCUGCUCACACAUACAUGUGUUACCCAACAUGCUCAAGGUUUGAGCCGCAUGUAGACUAAGCUGGGGUAUCUCUCCAGGAAUGAAACAAGUGAACUGUGCCGGCCCAACUGUGUCGUACUUUGCUUUUAGUGUCCCAUUACACUGCAGCUCUAUUAGCUCCAUCUGCAAAUUUACAGGUGCAGUUUCCACUGUUAUGACAAAUGGGUUACGAGACAGCUCGAUGUCACAUUUCUGUGCUCCAAAGUCACUAAAGGGCCGUGCGAACUUGGCGCGAAGGAGCUAAGUUUUUCAUCAAUGUGCAUUUGGAAACACUAUAACGUUGACUUGGAUAUAAUUGUAUGCCGGUCAAGACCCCGCGGGCCUGAUAUAAUUGUACGGUGGGUCGGAUGUGGCCUUGAGUUUGACACAUGUGAAUUAGGAGUUUUGUGUAGUGUUGUGAGGGGGGGGGGGGGUUGUGUUUAUAUCUUAAUCUUUAAGUUUAUGUAAAUAAGACAGCCACAUUUUCGUAAUGAUGGUAAUAAUGUUGCUUUUAGUUUUCAUUAUGCACUUGAUAGACACAGCAACAGAAUGAGUAAUAUUAACAUAAAUGCCCUAGUGACAAUUUUAGUUUAUCCUUCCUUUUUUUGGUUCGCUAUAAACAGAACAGAUACCUUGACCUCUCUCUUAUGUUUGCAAGCCUCUCGAUCCUCGCUUCAUGCUGUGUCAAGUUAAUUGCGCGGACAACCAUAUUGUCAUUGCAUUUCAAUUACUACAGUUUGAAGUAGUCAUGUUUCUGUUGUAUAUAAUUUUCAGAAGCUGGCGAUUGGUCAUGGGGAUCGAGAUAACUGAGGUUAAGUGGCAAAUUUGGCAGCCUUUUGUGCUCGAGAUAUUAGGUUACGGCGACAUAAAAGAAUCAACAUAACCGAGGAGAAAAUACAAAGACAAAGAGAGAAUUUGGCGGUUCGACUUCAAAAAUGUCGACAUAGCAGGGUUGGCGAGUUAACUGAGGUCGAGAUAACCGGGUUCUUCUGUAUUACCAAAAAAUGUGUAGGCCUAACUCAUUGAAUAAAAUCUUAUAAAUAAUUUCAAAACUUUUUUCAACUUAAUUGUCUCAUCCGUUUCUCAUUGUUUCAUUAGGUUGACAGGCAUGAGCUUAUUUUAUACAUUUUACAAAAGCAGAAAUUAAAAUCAAACUUUAUGCAAUUUUCAGUAGGAACACCUUUAAGAGAUUGCAUCACUUUCUCUAAUCUUUUAAAUUCUUUAUAACAUUAAAUACUGUUUAGGUGGAACCUGUUGUAUUUUGAAAUGGCAGCUUAUCUGUCUUAUCACCAGUCGGUUGCAGGUAAAAUUUCACCCAGACUUGAACUCAACUAUGGGCUGUUAUAUUGUCAGUGAACAACCCUGAGUAAAAGUCCUCUACCACCAAAGUAUCCAAUUUGCAAUGGGGUUGAAAAUCCUCAAUCUUUUCUAUUAUGGUAAAAAUUUGUAAAAUAAGAAGAAACAAAUAUAUAACAUUUUGUUGGCGUUGGUAUGUAAUUACUUGAUUGUGCACCAGGAACUAAACAUUAAUCUUCUUCAUCACAUAGGUGCUGACUUAAAUUUGAUUUCAACUAAGUACAAACAGCUUGCUAUCAAAUGGCACCCUGAAAAACAUAAAUAUUCUACAGAAUCUGAGCAGGUAAUAUACUCCAUACUUCUAGGUAUCCAUCUUAAAUUCAAAUUCACAAAUAUUAUUCAUUCUGAUUCCUCAAAUCAUUUCAGUUUCAGAUCAUUAAAAAAAAAAAAUGUUUAUAAAAACUAUUAAAUACCUGUUAAUGGUAGAUACAGUGCAACUUACGUUAAAAUUGUAUCAAAUAUAUCAUAAUAUUUUAUUAUUACCAUUAUAUUAUAAUAACAUUUUUUCCCACAAUAUUUAUAUUGUUUAUUGAAGUUUUUUUUUUUUUUUUUUUUAUUUUUUCCUCAAAAUUUUAUUUUUUUUUGGAAGAGCUAACUUACGUUAAAAUUGUAUCAAAUAUAUCAUAAUAUUUUAUUAUUACCAUUAUAUUAUAAUAACAUUUUUUCCCACAAUAUUUAUAUUGUUUAUUGAAGUUUUUUUUUUUUUUUUUUUAAUAUUCUCCUCAAAAUGUUAUUUUCUCAAGUCUAAUCAACUUGGUCUCAACAUUUAUUCAGAGUGCUUUUAAAAUUUUUUUAUUCAACAGAAAUUUAAACAAGUGACUCUCGCAUACAAAAAACUUACAUCUGCUGAAUUUUCUCAAGAUUUAAGCAUGGUUUGUCUAUUUUUAAAAUGUCAUCUUUAUUAAAUAACUCACUCAUGCCUUAACGUUCAGUCCCCUCCAAAUGACCUUGAGUCACCUGUCUUACAUGCUGAAAUAUGCUUUUUUUUUUGCUAUAUCUAAUCACAUAAGAAAACAGCAGACCAUCUAGCCUGAGCUCUUUAGGACUUCCCCAGGGGCUUCACUUUCUUGUAAGGGAUGGAUAUAUUUUUAAGUCUUUAAUACACCCUUUCCCAUCCCGGGGUGGCGUCAGAUGCCCUCUAUUAGGGAUUUCUACCAGUGGUUUCAACUUUAUGAAUAAGUCGCAUCGCAGCUGGAAUGCAACAAUUGCCUAAGAAUGGUCCCCUCACAGGCUGUUAGACAGAAUCAUUGGCAUGGGCUGCAACAACCCACCCAUGUCUCAUAUCCAUUAACCCAACAUGUAAUCAUGAUCCCGACCUGUUUCUGGCGUUAUUGUCUAAUGCACUGGGUAGUUACCAUGCAGCUGUGCUCUCUCUAAUGCAGAUGCCAUGCAAGACCUUUGUCUCUCACGUGUAGGUCCCCUACAUGGUGGUAUUGUGCCCCGGAUAGCACCAAGGGGUCGGUGGCAGCGACUCUCAAUCGACAUGCCCAAAUGGGAAUGCCCUACCCAACAUGCCGACUAGAGCCCCAGUUUUUUUUUGUGGAUAUAUCAUGCUAAUCUAUCAUCUAUUUAUCAUCUGUUCUCACAAGAAAAUUUUUCUUUAUUUUUGUAAAAGAAAUUUUAAUAGUUGUUUAUUCUGUUAGGAGAGUUAAAAGUGUAGGAUGGCGUUCCAAGUCCUUAAGAAGUUUAUUAGCAAACUUGGACUGAUGUAGAAUCUAAUGAAAUUGAUGCAGAAAGUACUAUAGAUUAUCCUAGUGUUGAAGAUUUUUAAAUCAGUUCUAGUCCAUUGCUUGUUGAUUUGAUAAACGAUGACAACUGUAAUGGCAGAUAACUUGUGAAAAUGAGUGAAUGUUAAUGAAUGAAUCAUUAAUAAACUUCAUAAUUAAUUCUUUUUCCUUUUUUAAUUACAUUUCUUUUGUUAAACAAAACAAGUAAGUUUCCAAAAUGGAGUUUAUAGUCUUUGCUUAUGAAAAAAUUUACAUCAAAAGUAAGUUAAACAGGAGCGGGUUAUACAUCUCAUGUCAUGAAUAGUAAACAGUUCUAUUUUAUUUCAUGUAUUUUUUAAAUUCUCAAUUGUUUAGAUAAAUAUUCCUUUCUCAUUUCAGACCGAUUGUUUAGCGCUUUUUCAACAAAUAGUAUUUAACAGAACAGGUAAUUAAUUUGAAACUAGUGUUGAAUGUUUCUUAUUUCAUUAAAAAGAAUUGUGUUGCAUUGUGCAAUUUCCAUUAGAAUGUAGAGCCUUAAAAUAAUAUUCCUCAUCUAUAUAGAGAGGAACUUACAAGCAGAAAGCUUAAAUUUUUCACGCACACAAAUACACCAACAUUCUCCCGCACACAUGCACACACCCACGCUAAAAUAGAUAAUGGAAAAUAAAUCUGAUCCCAGUGGCACAAGUCAGGUAAAAUUAAAAGAAUGGAAAGUUAAUGAUAACUUCAAAAUGCAAUAAAAUAUUUUAUACUACGUGCUAAAUUCUUUAAAAUUUAUCAAAAAAAUUGCUUAUACAAACCAACGCAGUCUCAAUUAGUUUGUAAAAUCUACUUUCUAUGAUAUAAGAAUAUAUAUCAUUCUAUUUUAAUAGUAAAAUAAGAACAGAGAAAGUCUACAUCUUGAAAUUUUAAGAGUAUUUAGACAUUAAUUUCAUGUAUUGUAUUUAGACAUUAAUUUCAUGUAUUGUAUUACAAUAUUUUGUUUACAAAUAUUCAGCAACAAAUGGAACAAGAUAUAAUUAUUCAGAUUCAAGUGAUAAUAGCGAUGAUGAUGAUGAUAGUGAUGAUUCUGAUGAUGAACAACAUCUUGAUAAUAAAUUUAAUAAAAAAGGUAUUUUUUAA